UCUCGAGCCUAUCCGCAACAUUCAAAUACUGCAAGGCUGUAGGUGCAAGUUUUGCUCUUACAAUUGGGAACAAAGAUUCUUCCUCACAAUACUGCAAUGUGGUUGACGUCCUGCGGCAGUUGUUCGCUAGGAAUCUUACUGUGUGCAGCAGUAAUUGAAUGCAUUCCAAAAUUUGAAUCUGGCGGAGGAUUCGUACCCAGUUCGGGAGGUUUCAUGAGCAAAGUCGACAAAAUGGAUGACCAGGUAGCGAUGUCGUCUGAAACUCGGAGUGUCGACGCAUCAGCUGAAACCUCGAAACGUUCAAUAGCUGAGGAGAAUGACGUGUCUGAUCGCAAUCAAGAGCCACGUUUUGGUUUCACUAGUGUUGGCACGACGGGCACGGGGUACGGAGGAAUCUCAAAUUACGCACCCGCCAAGCUAGACUUGGGAGGAAUACUUCUUGGCGCCAUAAUCGGCGUUGGGACCAUACUGGUAAUUCCUAAGCUGCUGUACGUCUUUUCUGGAUCAUACGGUGCUUACGCAAGAAGCGAUGAGGGAGGCAUAACUCAGACGAUGGCACGUCUCGACGAUGCGCUGGCGCGUUACGGGGUCGACACGACUUCCUGCAUGCAAAGGGCUGUCUGCACUUAUACCAAACAGGCUACCACGGCGUUACGAGAUCACGCAGGGCAUCAGAGUAUCGAAGAAGUCUCUCCCUUGGAUAGGGCGAUCGAUGCUGUCGUGACGAAUCAAGUUUUUCAAACUGCGAUGGAAGGCACGGCUGUACAGGAUGCUAUUCAAACCGGAAAGGAAGGUCAGGAUUGUCCGCGAGUCUAUUCACACUGCGGUCUUUCUUUGGAGGCACUGUUCGCCUUAUUCACCACGAUGAUGACGUCUGCCUCCCCAUCAACUGUCCGUACUCCCAUGUCGACGCCGCUUUUGUAGUAAUGAAAAUAUUAACCGCCAUAAGUGGCACAGAAUAAUUAGGCAAGAGCUUAGGGCCAGCAGUUUGUC